AUGGAGUCCACAGACAAAGCGGAGGGUGAUGAGAUGCGAGGACCGAAGAGACAGGGCCUUCCUAUGAUCAAUUAUGAGUGGUUUAUUGGGGACAACGGCCAGCGUACUGGAGGUGAAAGCAAGCGGUCAAAGGAGGAGAGACAUAAGACCCUGUCAGCACUUACCGAGAACGAGCCUGGGGACCACAGCAUUGCUACCCGCCCGUGGAUUGACUGGACACGGUCGUACCAAAGGAAAGCAGGAAGCCAGAGCAGGACGACCAAAAGCAGACGUUGGCGCCUAUGGCAUAGUCGGGUGAACAGAGCAGGCCGGAUUGGGGUCGAUGCAAGUCCGUUGGUGGUUGCGGGUGGUGGUGCUCUGCUGCUGAAUCUGCAUCAGCCAUUGAGCCGUGUUUUGACCUCGAAGAGGUUGCAGCUGUCAUGCAACCCAGCAAUGGCCUACUUCGUACAUCUCAAGGCCUUCCUCCAUCUCUCACCUCACUGCCAGUCUCCACCGGGAGCUGUUCACCCCUGGUCUAUUCCCAUUAAUUGA